AUGCCACCAAAAGGAAAGGAUACCAAGGGAAUGAAGCCCUCUGUCCAGAAGAGCGUACAGGACAAGACUUUCGGGCUCAAGAAUAAAAAAGGUGGAAAAGCACAAAAAGUGAUCGCACAACUACACUCACAGGCCAGCGCCUCUGGUACACCCGAGGAGAAACGAAAGGCUGCUGAGAAAGCUCAGCGUGAGGCAGAGAAGAAGGCCGCUGAGCAGGCGAAGAAGGAAGUGGCGGAUCUGUUCAAGCCCGUACAGGUACAAAAAGUACCAUUCGGUGUUGAUCCCAAGAGUGUGGUUUGCAUCUACUUCAAGAACGGCCAUUGUGAGAAGGGCAAGAAGUGUAAAUUCUCUCACGACUUAAGUGUAGAGCGAAAGACGCUGAAGAAGAAUCUGUAUGAGGAUGGUCGAGACGAAGGGGCGGACGGUGAGGGAAAGAAGGAGGACGAUAUGGACAACUGGGAUGAAGAGAAACUGCGAAGCGUUGUUUUAAGCAAGCACGGAAACCCUAAAACAACUACCGACAAAGUUUGCAAGUUCUUUAUCGAGGCCGUCGAGAACGGGAAAUACGGAUGGUUCUGGCAGUGUCCAAACGGAGGUAACGACUGUAAAUAUAAGCACUCUCUACCGCCUGGCUUCGUUUUAAAGACGAAGGAGCAACGUGCGGCGGAGAAGGCUCUUAUGGACAAGUCGCCACUAGCUACGCUCACCCUUGAAGACUUCCUGGAAGGCCGACGUCUCGCCCUUACGGGUACAUUAACGCCCGUCACCGAGGAGACUUUCAAAAAAUGGAAACUAGAGCGCACUUCUAAGAAGGAAGCUGAGGAGGAAGCCCGACGUGCCAAGGAAGCAACCGGAAGAGCACUCUUCGAGAAGGGCGACUGGCAAAACGAGACCGACAGUGAAGAAGAGGAAGAAGACGACGACGAUGGCGACUUUGACCUUGCUGCUCUUAGGAAAGAGACAGAGGCGCUAGAAGCAGAUGAUGCGCCAAUCAAGGUUUAUGGGAGCUGA